AUGGAGCAUUGGGUGAUGAAUUUCUUGAAUAUCAACCAGGACCAUGUGGAUGUGUCUGAUUAUGAGAGGUUUUUUGUGCACUUCAGGAGGUACUUGAAUGAAAAUCCUUACAGCCACAGCAAAGUGGCGGGCAUUCUUGUGAAGUCGUUAGGAGUGUUCAAGAACAAAGCUCUUCUCUCAAUCUCGUACCGUCUUCUUUGCGAUGUUGAUGCGAAGAUACGCAUCCGGAGUGCCGUGAUGCAGAGGCAUUUCAGAAACAAGAUGCUGAGAAGCCACAUGCUGAUGCUGAUAUCGAAGCUGGAUAUGCGUGUAUUUGAUCAGAAGCUGAAGAAGCUACUGCAUGACCCGUGGUAUGAGUGCAGGACGUUUUUUGAGGUGAUGAAAGCAAGGAAGGGAUGGGUGAUGGAGUUUUUGGAGUGCAAGAGCAGAGAGUUGGCUAGGAAGCAGAUGCUGGCAAUGAUACACACAGGAAUAUUCCAUAACCUUGAUUACUUUAUUACUUACAUUGGAGAUGCCGACAGAAGCUUGUCGUUUUUAGGGUUUGAGGUAUUUAGUUUGUUUACCUCUGGGCUGUAUGAAAGUAAGCGAGUGGAAGCUAGCAUGGAUAGAGAUGCAGAUGUGGUUUUGCAUGAGAGCGAGAUGUUUGAUGUGAGAUGUGGUCGGAAGGGAGUGUGGAUAUGCCUUAGGCAGCCAAUUAAGGCGGGAUGCCCGAUCAACUUUCUGAUGCAUUUUAUUGAGUUUACAGCAGAAAGGAAGGAAAUGCAUGAGUGGAUUGCAAGAAGAGAAGUGGAUGCUGUGGAGAGAGUCGUUAGAAAAUAUGCCGAAUUCGAAGGAUGUUUUCGACUUCCUGACGAUGUGUGGCUUGUACCUUCAAGAAAAUGCCCAGGAAGGCAGGUCUGUGAUGAACAGAAUGAGGAUGUGUGCUUUGAGUAUCUUUUUGAUGGAAAGUCACACAAAGAGGCUAUGGACUGCAUUGAGAUAUAA